AUGGUGUCGACGAAGGAAGCUGGCCCCGAGCAAGGUUCCCAGGAGCAGGCUCAUCCGGAAGUGCUUAAAAAGCUGCGGCGAGGAGAAACCGGACAUGUAGCACGACCGAAAAAACAGCGCCCAAAAGCAGCAGCAGCAGCACCGCCACCACCACCACAGCCGCCGCCACCAUCAGCACAAGCCCCACGGCCACCGCCAGCACAAGCAUCACGGCCACCACCAGCUUCAUCGGCACCACCAGCCUCAUCGUCACCACCAACAUCAUCAGCCGAGAAACGUGAAGCCGCACGAUCCGUAUCGCUGAUACUGAAUGAACGACCUGGCGUGCACUACUUCUGUUGCGACCGAUUCUUCAGAUGCGGCGAACGUUGCUUGAUAGCGCGUGAAAUCUGGCCAUCGGAUGGAGGCUCCAUUGAGCUGAAUCGCAAAGAACUGAAACGAUUUAUCCUGGAAAAUGAAGCCAAAAGGUAUGUACGGAGUGAACACGGAGAAUAA